AUGGAAGAUAAAUAUAAAAGAGAGAGGAAAAGUUAUAGUUUAGAUGCCUAAGAAAUAGCUAAUAAUGUACGGAAAUUAUCCUUAGCUGAAAACAGAAAUCUUAAAAGUGAUUAAAAGUGUAAUAACUCCUUUAAAAAUGCUGGAGAUAAUUAGUUUGAUGAAAAUCGUAAUCUUAAAUUGAUGCUUAAAAGAGGAGUUGAGGAAAAUAUGCUUUCUACUAUUUUGCAUAGUUUGAAAAAUAAUAAUUUAGAGCAGUCUAAUAUAAACUAAGACAUGUUGAAAAAGGCAAAAGAAUUUUAUAAAAAGCUAAAUGUCUUUGACUUUAAAGAUGAAGACUUUUAUUUUUUAUUUACAGAAGAAUUGUAUAAGGAAAAGAAAGAUAGAUUCCAUUCAGGUUAAGAGCCUGUAGAAUACUUUAAAACUGUUCUCAAUGAAGACUACUAACCCUUUGCAAGAUGCACAUUAAAUUUAAAAGCCAAUAACAAUAAAAAAAAGUAUGAUUUUAAGUAUAUCAGGGGAGGAGAUAAGUAAGCUUUAAUUAACAACUCUCAUGAUGAUAAAAUGUUUAGCGAUUUACUUGAGCAAGAUGCUCUCACUCAGCUUAACCACAUAUCUUAGCAUCACAGAAGGCCAUCAUAUUAGCUUCAGAAGUAAUUUAUUCUUAGAAGAAAUAGGAAGAAUCAAGACGUGAUAAAUUUCUCUACUUAGGAAAAAGAGGAAUUAGAAACUCAAGAAGAAAGAUGGAAUAGGAUAAAAUAAAAAAUAAAGGAAAAUAAGAUUGUUGACAUCAUUCGUAACGCAAAGGAAAUGGCAAAUUAGAGUAGUGUUUAUUUAACAUACACUGAAGCAGCAGAAUUAGAUAAAUAAGAGGAGGCUGUCUACCAAUAUUUGAAAAGAAGGGGUAGGAUAUUAGAUAAACGAGUUUUAGAUAACACUAAAAUAAAAAUACUCAAUGACGAUAGUUAAGCUUCUUUGAUUAACCCUUAAUCUCCUGAUAAAAGCUAUAAGCCUAACAAUUAGCAAAGAAAUUCUUUAUCAAGUAUCAGAAAGAAUGAAAAUAAUGGUUCUAUUUUACUUUAAAAGAGCUUAAAAUCCCAAGGAAGCUCCCCUAAAGUAGAAGAGAGAAAAAGUGUUUCCUUAUCUGUUUACAACAAUUCACCAAAUAACUAAUACAACAUACCAAAAAAAAAUUCAGUUUUUAAAGAAGAAUCUUUCGAUCUAAAAAGCAAGCUAUCUUAGAGCAUAGAUAACUCACCUUUAGCCAAAAGAUUAUCACAAGGAAGUGUGAUUAGUGUUGCUUCAUCCUCCAAAAACUCUUCAAACAAAUAUUCUAAGCAGAAUAAUAGAGAUUCUUCUUUUGAAAAACAAAAAUCUAUCUUUAAAAUAUCUCAAAGCAAGCAAAUUAAAUUAGAUAAAAAUAAUCUUUAACUAAUUUAGCAUUUCAAAGAUAUUUCGAAUAAAUGCAAUGAGUAGUACUUUUUUCUAGUUGUCUUGAACAGGAAAUAAUUAGAAGAGUAUUUGAAUUUGAGAUACCCAGAAUAAUUAACGCAGAGAAUCCUAAAUUUCAUGGAGUGUCCUCAAGAAAUGAAUUUUAGACAGUUUAGAAAGUGGAUUGAGAGAUUUAAUUCAUGGACAAUAAAUGACAUAUUAUUUUUCUGCUUUUAUAUUUUUGACUUUAAUUAAGAUGGACUUAUUUGCUAGACAGAUGUGUUUGACAUAUUAAGAAACAAGCAAACAUAAAUGUUAGAACAAGAUUUCAAACAAAUUUCAAGAUUUGUAGCUAUUAAGAUCAAAUACACAAAAAAUUUGGAAAAUCUGAUAGAAGAACCUCUUUUUCCUGAGUUAUACUAAUAAAAAAAUCUGACUUAUAUGACGUAUAGAAAAAUAGCUGAAAAUGAGGAUUUUGGAGAGAAAGAAAAAUUUUUGAAAAAAAUAAAAGAGCACAAAGAAAAGGGGGUAAAUUUGACUCUAUUCAGCAUUUGGGAUUAAUACAAAGAUAGGUUCUUAGAUUAGAAAGAAAUAGAAGAAGAAAUUCAAAUGUAAGAAAGUCUCGAGUAAAAUGAAAAAAAGAAGUUGAAGGGAAUUAUGUCUAUAGGAAAGGGAGAAUACACUAAAUACUUUAAGAGUGACAAGAAGUUUAAACUUAACUUUAAUCAAUUUAAAAGUAUUUUUAUCAGAGAAAAACCAUUCUUUUUUUAUGACUUACUUGCCUGUAUCUCAUUAUAUAGAUAAGAAGAUAUUGAAUAUCCUUAUGAUAUUUAUGCAGAAUUUACAAGUUAAGUCUGCAAAUUAAUUUAAAUUAGAAACACUAAAGAGCAGCAAGAAAAAUAGCAAGCUAUAGAUAAUUAAAUGACUGCAGAAAAAAUAAAUAAAAUAUAAGUCUAAAAAAUUUUAAAUUUUUACAAGAAUUGUGGUGGGGCAAAAGGUGCUAAAAAUGCCCUCUAAAAAUUAGAAAUUGUGCCAAAUAUCUAAUUUUGA